AUGGCCCCCCGUAUUCCCGCCGCCCGGUCCACAGAGACCCUCUGCUACGGCGUCGCCACCGUCGGCGCCUUCCUUCCCAUCUACCUUAUGCUUCCUGGUGCCGAGCAGCGCCUCGCCUCUCAGACAACAAAGUGGGCGCCUCGCUGGGAGAGGAACCUCUCUUACUUCACUCCGGCCGCCGAGAGGGGCAUCAAGCGCGUCGAGCCCCCUGUCUCUAACAUGGUUCGCCGUAUCGACAACCGGCUACCUCUCGAACGCAUGGCCAAGGGUCUCGACAAGCGUAUCAAGAACGGCAUCGACCGCUUCAACGUCCCCAAGUAA